GCUAGUUCCUCUUUACACCCUUCGGCAACAAGACCACAGUCUUCAAUGGCUCGCACAGUGCAGACCAAGCAGAAGCAGAGGAAUCAUGACCUGGUGAAAGCGGAGUUUCAGUCGGAGUCGCUGCUUAGAAAGCGAGCCCGCAGGGACUCUCCGCCUGUUUUUCCCAGAUCAAAUUACAAAAGAAAGGUGUGUUAAACUUUAUUGAUGUUAAAUGUCUUUUGACAAGGGCAGAAAGAAGGCAAGGACUCCGGCAGACCCAGCGACGAUGUCCAGGAAGAUGGCGAUGUCAUUGUGAGCCUUUCUGAAAGCGUUACUCUCACCAAAGGAAUCACUCGACCUCAUCAUCAAAUUGAUGGUCAAAUGACAAGAGCCCCUUGUCUAGAAUGUGUCUAUCGCCUGCCCAGACAGGGACUGUUCUAGAGUGCCCGAAUGAUCUCGACACCGCAGAGGUCCAGUACACUUGCGUUCCAUGCGCAGGGGCCGGUAAAGUUUGCCAGGCGGUGGAUUGGCAACUACGAUGACGGCGACGAGUACGACGACAGCGGCUUCUACAACACGGAAUGGGAGACUGAUGAAUCUUGGUUCUGGGCCCAAACUACAGAUGAGGCCGAAAAUGAUCACGGGCACACCAUGCAUGUGUUCAGCUGCCAUCCCGCCAACGAGGAGCUCAGAAAGGAGGUCUUCAUCAAGAUCCAUGAGUGGAAGUGGUCUAUAGACAGGCGCGUGAAACUGAAGACGAGGACGGAGUCGGAAGAGGAGAGAAAGGCCGCUAAAGAGCAAGCCCUGGACGAAUUGGCUCAGGCUUAUGAGAAGUGUAUUGAUGAGAGCCGCACUUUUGUCAAAUGGAAGCCAAGGAUGAGGGCAACGCAGAGGAAAAUGUCGAUGGUGAAAAAGGUGGUCUGGAGGCUAUGGGUGUCGGGCAGGACAUGA